CGCGGCCCCCUGGCUGUUACAUGUGCGUCCGCGGAGAACGCACGUUCGUGUAGGGUUUCACGCGGGGGAUUGUGUUUCCCGAUUGGGAGGAAUAUUAUUUUGUGUGCGAGUGUGUGUCUUAUGUGCUCUCAUUUGUAUGCGCCCUUGCGAGCCGCGGUGACUCUCUUGAUAGGUCUCGUAGCCAAGAGUUAAAACAAAAGCACGUGAUGCGCUCGAGUCUCCGGCCAACUAUUCGCAGCAUUGUUUGAGGAUGGGUCCUGAGCAAAACAGCCAGAACGAGACCAUCCCGCUGCUGAUCGAUGUGCUGCAAAGCAAGCAGGCUGCAUCGCCGCGGCGUGGGCGCAGCAGCCCCGCGAAGCACGAGUCGUCGGCCGGCCUUGGCGAGGUCCUCCCGCAGCAGGGCUCAGGCCUCUCCGUCGUCUUCGCCACGCUGUGCAUUGUUGACCUCUUUGGCGUCUUCCCCAUCAUCGCCUUGCCCCGAGCCAUCAUCAACUGCGGCUGGAUCGGCAUUCCAUUAGCAUUGUCCGUGUUUUCGGUGCAAAUAUACACGGCUCGUCUGCUGGGUCGAUGCUGGGUGAUGGCCGAACGAAUCAACCCUCUCAUCAUGCUGAAAAGCAGAUACCCUUACGCAGCUCUCGCCGAGGAGGCUUUGGGCUUGAAAGCGAGCCGUCUCGUCUCCUUUCUGCUCGACAUCACAAUUUUCGGCGCCAGCAUUCCUAACCUACUUGUCGCUUCGCAGAACUUGCAACUGAUUGGAUUAAAAAUGUCCCACUGGAAUUUCGAGUUCUCCUUCUGCUACUGGCUGGUGCUGGUCGGGAUCGUGCUCUGUCCCGUCAUGUGGCUCGGCAGCCCCAAGGAUAUGAAGUGGCUGGCCGGUACCUCAGUGUUUACCGUUGCCUCUGUGGGAGUGCUGACCUGGGUCACCAUGAUCACCGACAUCCGAGACCUGGACACGCAGCCCGUGCCGCAACUUUCCUGGGAGGCGAUCGCCGUUGCGUAUGGAGUCAUCGCAUUCCAAUUUGACAUCCACCCGAUGAUUUUGACGGUGCAGGUCGACAUGGAGCGGAAAAAUGAGCUGGGAAAAGCAAUCACUUGCGGAUUCCUGGUCACGUGCAGCCUGUUUCUGACGACGACAAUAAUCGCCAUGUGGCGAUACGGCUCGACCGUGACGCCCAACCUUCUGCAGGGCAUGCCGGCCAACGCGCCCCUCUACGCCGACGUCCUGCUCGUCACGCUGCAGAUCUGCCUGUCCAUGGUCGUGGGCGGAUGCGCCCUCUACCAGGACGUCGAGGACAAACUCGGCAUCCCCAGAGAGUUUAAUUGGAAAAGGUGCUUGGUGCGGAGUAGUCUGGUCAUGCUAGGCGUUGCCUUGGGCCUCACCGUGCCUAGAUUCGACCUCAUUAUGGGCUUGAUAGGUGGAGCGUUGACAGGGCCGCUGAUGUUUAUUUUCCCGCCGCUAUUUUACCUUCACUUGAGCAGGAACGCGCUGUCGGGGGUGCGACGGCACCCCGUGUGGAUGGCGGCUGAGCGACUGCUGCUGUUAAUCGUCAUCCUGUUGGGGGUUGCGGCCACGAUCGCCGCAACCUAUUUCUCACUUGUCGAGACCGUCCAGUUUGCGCACUUCACUCCGCCGUGCAUUGUCAACGUCACCUCCGCCUCCAGAGCCUGGAUCAACGACGCUUUCAGCUUUGAUCUGUGAGCUGCCGUAUUUUUUUGAACAAAUUUUAUAAAUUGAUACCAAUAUUUUUCUUAGAAUAAAAUUAGUUUAAUUAAAAUUGUGAUUAUAAAACACUCUGGGAUUCUCGAUUUGCGCAGACAUGGCUGUUACUAGGGUGCUUCAAUUUAAAAUGACUAUCAUUAUUAUAUUUCCGUUUUAACUCUACUUUAAAAUCAAGCAAAGAGGAAAAGCAUUUACAUUUACUAGACAUUAUCUCUAAAUCAGUCAAAGCUAAUUUUUGGCCAGAAUGCUGUGUAGUUUUUCUGAAAAUUGGUUCCAAAGGUUGCAUAAAAAUCAUCUAUCAAUUUUUUAUUUUACAAAAAUCCUCUAUUUUGCACGUGGAUAUCACCUCUGAAUACAAAAUUUCAAAUUAAUUGGUCCGAAUUUAAUCUUUUGAUAUUGAUGGUUUAUAAUUUGAUGGUCGAUGGAAAACAUUGAAAAUUUAAAAUUUGGAAUCUAAGAUAGGUAUAUUUUAGCGAGUUUGAAGUUUGGAGUUUUCCCAUUCAGCGUAAAUUCAGUAAAUGGUGAUAGAGCUAAAAAAAUGCUUUUCCUGAAAGCUGAUUAAAUUUGCAAUUUUUAAAUUAAAAUACAAAUCCACCUGUCGCGCAAUUAAGCUAAAAAAUGAUAGGGCAGGAAUGAUUAAAAAAUAUCCUUCGAUCUUGUUAAUAAUGGUGGAAUGCCCUAGUAGCUGCCAUCUUGCCCUUUUCUGAACAGCAAGAUGAAAAAAUAACUCGUGUCGGGAUCCCACUGGAUGACUUUUUACGAUUUUUGUCAGAGUUGUUGAGGGUGCUAUGUUACCAAAGAAAAAGAUGUCUUCCGAUCUGAAUUUUAAAAUUAAAAAUUGAAUUGGAAAUAUCAUGUACGCUGAUAUGUAAAACUCAACAACAUACGUAAUUUUGUUUAAGGAUAAAGAAAUUCAAUCUAAUUGUCGGGUGCAUUGUCCACAUCGAGAUGUAACAUUUUGUUUGGGAAAAGAGAAUGAAAAAAUAGGGGAAAUUUAGGGAAUUCAAGUAAAUUGACUUCAUAACAGAUCACACUGACUCAUUUUUUAGAAAAAUAAUUUGAGUUAAUAUCUAAAUAAUCAUACUGAAACAGAUGACUGUUAUGUUGUUCCUGGAAAUAAUUGGCUACAGGUGGCCUGAUUUUUUUUUACUAGCUUAGCCCAUAGCAAAAUGGUUAGUUGAAUUAAGCACGCAGCCCUGAAUUCCACCCAAAGCGGUUUGAAGGUAAAAAAUUGUCUCAUCGCUAUACUUGUCUUGUUUUGAUAUAGUUCUUAAGAUAUUUUAUUUUUAUUUCGGUCGGCUGGAAUCACUGCCUCCGUCUUACGUGUUUUAAAAGUCCACGAUAACUUUUAACAUGAAUUUACCCUUGACAUGUUCACCAACAAAACAAUGUGAUUUUUACGGUGAAUUAUAGUGCAGCAGUCAUUUAAACUGAAGUGCAAACAACGUAUUUUUAUAUACGCAACCUCAAGUUUUACAAAAUAAAUAGUGAUAUAAUUUGUUACUUGUACCAACAGGAAUUUCUACGGGCUCUGUUUUAAAUGCUAGAAUAAAGGUGUACAAUAGCGGCAAAACAAGACAGUAAA